UCUCUCUCUCUCUCUCUCUCUCUCGCUCUCGUCACUCUUCUAAAACGAACACACGGAAGGAAGCUCGCAGCUGCCAGCAUUCCCUUCCCCACGCAUGCUCCCUACCCUCCGAACGCCUCAUCAGGAAACUCGUCAACGGCUUUCUAGGGCCUUAGACCACCAGAAGAUCUGGUCCGAUCAGAUGCCCCGGUGCAUUCUGCAGAUCUGAGUGAUAUACCAUCGGACUUCUUCCCUGUCUUGCCAUCUGGUUUCCCUGGCGUGCUGCUGCUGUAUCUAAUACCAGCUCAAUGACGGCAAAAACCAACCAUCAUCUCAUUCUCCUUCAAUCUUUAGCUGGGUCCUGGGAAAGUGAUAGUAGUCACUGAAUGAGCGAACGAGGCAAAACAGACAACCAUCUCCACAAACUGCUAUCAAAACUGCCAGAUAUAAAAAGACUCAACCCAUCACAGCCCUUUGAUCCCACACAUCCCUCCUGUAGACCUCGUCUGUCUACAGAUAAGCUUCUGCCGCCUGCCCGACCUGGAUAUUUGCUGAGAAAGUGGGGAGGAACGACGAUAGGGAACAUCUCCCGCCGUACAAGGACCAGUCAGAGCUCUAUCUCCCGUUGGACUUACUCCUUGUAGUCCAUCGCUUUGGAACACUAGACCUGCUGAGGUAUCUCGCCGUCCGUGUUUGCCCUAAGGACAGCAAUUACAGGCCUUCGCCCUUCUCCGAGGACAGGGGAACACUGCCGAGCCUUCGAAGCACAUAUCCAGUUCUUCCUAGCUGCAGCUGGGCUACAGACCCCCAUCCUACAGGCCCAACCCCCAAUAGCAGAGUUGGUCACCGGCUCAGCACAGAAUUCCGGUACCUGGUUCGGAUCAGCACUCCAAUCGAGCCUCAUUACGCCAUGUCGGCACCAAUAGCUAUCUCCCGGACGGCGCCCAUCGCUAUAGCUGCGAGGAGGCCCCGCCCAGAACAGUCUAUCGAAACUCCCAACAGCCAAAAAAACAGUCACACCAACGGUAGGACUCAUCUGUCAGCCAGCAUGAGCAGUACAGCAUCCGAGGCAGGAACAAACAUUCGAAGUCGGAAGGAUAGGCCAUGUGAUGCGUGUCGGAGGAGGAAGAGUAGAUGUGUGAUCAACGAGGGGCAGACAAGCUGUGUACUGUGCCAAUUCCACACCCAGGACUGCACUUUCGUGCAAAGUCCGCAGCCGAGGAAAAGAAAACUCAACACGGAAGGAAAAGAAGAGUCUUCGGCCAAGAGAAGGUAAGCAAUCAAGUUUUAUGCAGCUGUUGAUUUUGGAGUAGCAGCACAGCCCACUUUAAACCCAGUAUCCCUCGCUACAUAUAAUCUAUGGCAGCCGCUGAUUCCCGUCCCUUAUAGAUCGCCGGAUAGAGCCGACGAGAGACGCAGACGACCAACCGAGUCAAGUAUCUCGAGUAACGGUGCAACAAACUCGCUCGUUGAGGAGAUGGCCAAUAUUGGAGGCCCCACACUCUUAAAACGAACUCUGGGGCUACAGAACGACCGUUACAGCCAAUAUAUCGGUCCUACCACCGACUUCGAGCCAUCACUGAUUGACCUAUCGCCGUUCGAUCCUCAAGAUGAGAGUCUUUUAUCGAGGGGUACUUUGCGGAAAGUCAGCGAUGUGGACACUUUUCUCAUGCUUCCGGAUUACAAUACACCAGGGUACGAGCAUGUAAUUGAAGAUGCAGACGCAAUUGAGAAUAUUGUUGCACCUCACGGACCGGCACUUCUCGAAUUAUAUUUCCGGAUCAUUCACCCGAAUUUUCCUAUUCUCCAAAAAGUUGUGUUCUUUGAGAAAUACAAUCGCUCAUACCGCGAGUUCUCUCCUCCCAUUUUGGCCGCGGUGUACAUCUUGGCAAUCAACUGGUGGGAUCACAGCGAAGAGCUCGUAAAUGUCCCCAAGCCAGAUAUUGAGGAGCUUGAAAGGCUCGCGAGAGUAACCUUGGCAGACGCAAUGUACAGGCCGAAGCUCUCCACAGUACAAGCCGGCUUACUUCUUUCCCAGCGACCUGAAGGAGAUCAGUGGGCACCCACGGCUCAACUAGUAGCCAUUGGUCAGGAGUUGGGAUUGCAUUUAGAUUGCUCUAAUUGGAAGAUACCCCCAUGGGAGCGUGGAUUGAGGAAGCGUCUUGCGUGGGCGUUGUAUAUGCAAGACAAAUGGGGGUCACUGGUUCACGGCCGUCCAUCUCAUAUAUUUGCAUCUAAUUGGGCUGUUCAACCUCUUUCUCCAAACGACUUCCCGGAUGUCGAAUUCGACGAAUCAGACGUCGAGGAGAGCGCUGAAUACGAGCAUGGUCGUCUGCUUUUCACCCAGAUGAUUCUUUUGUCUCAAAUUCUAGCCGAAGUUCUCGACACGUUCUACACACUGCAGGCCAUGGCAGCGGUCACUCAUGCUGGACCCCAAGGAACACAUCUCGUGCUCCAACUAGCCAAGCCAGUUCAAUUGAAACUGAAAGAGUGGUUUGCGGCCCUCCCACAAGUCUUACGCAUGGAUUCUUCAUCCUCAACCGCGAACAGUAGUAAGCUUUGCUCGACUGGAUUCCUCCACCUCGCCUACUUUGCCACAGAAAUAACCCUCCAUCGUCGUAUCAUCAGAUCUCUAUCCUCAACAGGCACUAACCCAUCUUCCCCGUCUUCACCAAAUACCAAGCCAGCUCUUGACCCCUACAUUGUUCACAUCUGCCGUAGCGCAGCCAAGACCCGUCUCAUAUCCGCCAUGGACUUCGUCAACCGCCUCAAUUCCACUCACCUCCGCUCAUUCUGGUACUUCGCUUCCAAGACCAAUUUCGCAUUGAUAGGAACCUUUGGCUCCUUACUCUGGGCCACAGCACCAGGAAGAGAGGAAGCAGAGUGGUAUAGAAGGAGGCUAGGCGAGUACCGCUGGACACUCGGCGUAUCUUCAAAGGGUGGCGGAGCCGAAGGUGGUGGGAAUGCAAAGUUAACGGAGUUCGCUAUGGGAAUGCUGGAUACCUCCACAGGCCUUCUGAAGUCUCUACCUGAGAAACCAGCAUUGAGUCGUGUGGGUAGUGAGAGCGAGAAUCUUGGUGGUACGCAAAGGCAGAGGAGUAUCGCUGAGGGCUACGGCUACGGUUAUAGCACUAAUGGAGGCGGCUUUGGAAUUGGCGCCGCAAGAGAUAGAGGCGAUGGUAGUGUGGGCAGUUAUGCCGACAGGGAUGUUGAUACGGAUACUGGACUGAAUAUGAAGAGUGGGCUUGCCAGUCCAAGCACGAGUGUUAGCUCGAGCAGCGGAAGUGCCGGGGGCUAUGAAGCCUUCUCUGCGCCAUCAGGAAGCUAUGGCGCGCGGCCUAGAGAGGAGGGCUUUUGAUAAUGUUUGUUGGAUGGUUUGGAUGAUGUUUAUGAGUCCUUUGAACAUUUGAAGCGAGAUAGAAAGCGAAUGCAUGGCAUGCGGGAUACCGAUUGGGAAUGUGCUUUUGGGAUUAUAUGAUAGACGUACCGAUUUAUAGCGAUAUACAAACACAUCAUCAAUGAUAUCCCCUC